AUGGAAAAGAAGACGAUAAAGAAGAUGAUAUGUGGAUUCUUGUUGAUGUUCACAAUAGCAUGUUCUGCCAAUGAAAUUCCAGAUAAUCAGGGAAAAGAAUUUAUCAUUGGAUUUAUGGAGGCUGACGAGGCCUGGGUAGGAAAUUUUUCAGAAAGCCCAUUGAAGCUGUUCAUUACGACUGCGUCUGAAAAACCUGUGAAUGUCAAUGUUUCUGCUCCAAUGUCGAAGGCCCUCUACCAAGGUGACCGGUUCAUCAUUAAAAAGGGGACUAUAAAACAGAUAUCGAUUCCUAAGUCUCUAAGAUUACGGGGAACAAAGCGUGCAAAGAAAGCAAUUCACAUUGUCUCGUCCGAUGAAAUUGUUAUUUUUGGAAUAAAUCAAGCGAAGUUUUCUACCGAUGGGUUUCUUGGAAUACCUUUGGAUGUUUUGGGAACUAAGUAUUUUGUUCCAUCUUUCUUUUCAACUGCUCAAAAUUUUUUCCAGUCGGCCAUUGUUAUAGUAGGGACACAAGACAACACCAAGUUGAACAUCAAACUUCCCAUGACACACAAAUUAAACAUACGCCUUGAAGGAAAGCGUUACAGUCAGGGUGAAUGGAUUAACAUAACAAUAAAUAAAUUUGAUACAUUACAGCUUCUUUGCCACGGUGAUUUAACAGGGACCCUUGUUUUAUCUUCGCAAAAAGUAUCUGUUUUCGGAGGAUCUACUGUAACGUCAAUCGGAGUAGGAUUUUCUCGCGAUCACAUUGAAGAACAAAUACCACCUGUAAAUGUUUGGGGAAAAAAGUUUGCAGUUAAUCCAUUUCCCGAUACAAAUCCAAACACUCUUCGAUUUUUAGCCAGUGAAGAUAACACUACAGUCAACAUUGAUAAUAAGAAAAAUGUUCAUAUCAUGGAAGGGAAUUUUCAUGAGACACAUGUGGAUCGUUUUGUGUUUAUUUCUUCCGACAAGCCAAUUUUGUCUGUUCAGUAUGUUCCGAGUGGAACAUGUAUAGAUUUUUUUCCAUUACCAGGUUGCCAUAAAGGCGACCCAGCUAUGGCUUUAAUUCCCCCAACAGAACAAAGUAACAUACUCUACUCGUUUUUAACACCAGUUUCAUCUCUGAAUUUAAACUUUAAUAACAUAUUCAUGUUUAUUAUAGAAGAUUCUCAGGAAAACGGAAUAUUACUUGACAACAAAGCUAUCAAAAGAAGCGACUUCCACAGUGUAGUACACAGGCACAAUCUAACGGCUGGAUAUAUACAGAUACCACCCGGUAGUCAUAUCAUAGAACAUUCUUCAGAAACAUUGCCCUUUAGUGGGAUACUUUAUGGUGGUAUUCAGUAUGAGUCAUAUGCGUUCCCAGUUGGUCAAAGGUUUGCCACGAUAAAUAAGAAAGAAUGUAUCCCUAGUGCGAUGGAUAUUGGAGAUGGUGUAGACAACGAUUGCGAUGGACAAGUAGAUGAGGAGAUUUGUAAUGAUCUGAAAGAUAAUGAUAAAGACGGACAAAAAGAUGAAGAUUGUUUAAGAAGAUUAAAAGACACACAGAAUAUGAUUAAGGACCCACAACAUCCACCAUGGCUUUCCUUCACAGAGUAUGUAAUAAUUGGUGGCGUAACUUUAGUUGUAAUUGGAACUCUCGGAGUGUGCUGUAAGAAAUGUCUAGGUCUGUUGGCAAAACGCGACGACGACGAAGAUGAUGAAGAAGAAUACAGACGAAAAAUGUACAAGAAAGCUAGAAGGGCGUUUGGGGCUCCUGCUAUCAGACCAGUGUAG